AUGUCAUCUUUUUCUAAUAAUAUGUGUAAUGCUUAUUAUUGGCAAGAAUUAAUUACAUCAUCAUUACCAUAUUUACAUGAUUUAAGAUUUGCAUUUUGUUAUUAUUAUAAAAAUAAAACAAAGGAAUUUAUUGAUAAAUUACAACAAUUUCAAAAUGAUUUUUGGCAAAAAGAACAUCAAUGGUUUGUUGAAUAUGAAUUAAUAAAAAAUACAGCAUAUAUCCGGUUUCUGGGCAGCUGA